AUGGUCUCGUACCCCGACACAGGCCCGGCCGACCGCCAGACCCUGGCAAUCCGCCCGGCCUCGCGCGCCCCGUCCGUCGCCUCGACUUCCCGCGCGCCACUCAUCUCCUCGCACCGUCGCCAUUCGCGCCAGAUCCGCUCCCACGCCGGCGGCACCUCCUACCAGCCCCAGAACGAGUUCCCCAUCUUCACCCACACCGGAGAUGUCGACAUCAUCAUCACCUCCAAUCCGCAUUCGCGCCGGGGCUCCACCAGUUCCAUCAGUCCCUACGGCGGCGCCACCGCCCCGAGGAGAGAAGAGCGUUUCUUUCUGCACCGCUUGAUUCUGUCGCAGUGCAGCGGUUUCUUCGAUGAGGAAACCACCCCGGAGGCGAACGGCGGCCAGCAGCUGGAAAGGACAAUACCAAGCGGCAGCGCGCUGGCACGGGUUCCGCCUGGCGCUCCCGCGGUUGACGAGACCGGCCGGAGGAAAAGAUGGCGCUUCGAGCUGGACUGGGGAGAAAACGGCGACGAGAUGCCGGUGCUAGUGCAAAAGGAAGCACCGCCCGUGUCCUUCACUGGCGAGCACGCUCCCUUGCCACCCCCGGUCCACAACAAGCCCCAAGCUCCGAGCACUGGUUUCUUCCGGAGCAUGGCGCACUUCUCUUCGCUAAACGUCGCUCCCCCUCCAGCACACACCUACGAUCCCGAAGAUGACAUCUUCCGCGACUACGCAAACCUGUUUCGUAUAUUUUACAACUACCCUCCGGCGCUGGACUCAGUCAACAUUGCACAGGCCUACGUCGAGUGCAAAACGCUUCUUCAGCUCGCUGACAUGUACGACGCUCUCGAGGUCAUUGGCCCGCGCGUCGACCAUCAUCUACUACGUUUCCAGGGCCGGCUCUUCAAGCAAAUUGCAAAAUACCCGCCAUCCUACCUGAAACUGGGCUUUCUUGCCCGGAGUCGGGUCAUCUACUCAGAGGCUCUUGUUCACGUGGUUGGCCAGUGGCCCGUUGGCGCAAAUCAGCUCCGCGGCCAAAUACCCCAAGCUGUGCUUGAGGUCAUCGAAGACAAGGCGGAUGAGAUGGAAGAGCUCAAGACCAAAAUCGAGACGAAACUGUUCAAACUCACUCUCACCACGACGCGGGGCGAGAGAGUAUCCCCAAGCAACGGCUUCAUUGAUUGGAUGGCUCUCUCGCUGUUCCGCCAAUGGCUCGCGGAAAACACCUCGCGACCCCCUGCCCCGAUUCUAAAGACAGCCAAUCGCGCGCUUCCCAACAGUCGGACUGGCUCACGCAAUGGUCCGGCCGCGAGCUCGACCGCUCUUGCCACCACAUCGUCCGCGGUCGGACAGCCCCCCGCCGAACCGCCUCCAUUCAAUACCGGCCGUGUCUUCCGGCUCAUCGGCACUGGCGGUGAUGCCUACCUCAGCCGCGAUGAACUCAAACGCUUCCUGAAGCUGAACGCAGAAUUCUACACGCGCGAAAACAUGCGCAAGUUUGAACGGCGGAUGGAAGAAAUUAAGAACUUGGCGGCGGACGUGGUCAAGCCGCUGAUGCGUAACUACCUGGAACUCGACAUGCGGGAUCUGGGACAUGGGCUGCCGUACUUGACGUGCACCAAGGUGGAAGAGCAGGAUUUUGUGUGGGACGAGUGA